AUAACGUUAUCUUUUGCUUUGGGAAACACUGAUCAACAUUUUUGACAUCUUUCGGACACUUUUAGACUAAUUAACGACUAAUCAAAUAAUCGACAGAUUAAUUAACCGUGACAAUAAUCGUUUGUUGCAGCUCUACUGGACGCUGAUUUACAUAGCAGAGAAAUCUCCUGCCAACUACACGAUGACAACGUCCCGCUUUUAUUUUGAAGUGACGUGUAUUUUCUAAAACGCAUCUCUCGUUUAUCUCCUCAGGCAAAGAUCUACUUCUCUUUUCCCGGAGAGCUGCUGAUGAGGAUGCUGAAGAUGCUCAUUCUUCCCCUCAUCACGUCCAGUUUGAUGUCGGGUCUGUCGUCGAUGGAGUCGAAGGCGUGCUGUCGUAUCGGCGUCCUGACCGUCACCUACUACCUGUGGACCACCUUCAUCGCCGUGGUCGUCGGCAUCGUGCUCGUCCUCAUCAUCAAACCCGGCGUGGGGACGGAGAUGGAGAGUCACCGGCUGGGAGCGGGGCCCGUCAUGACCUCGGCCGACGCCCUGCUCGACCUCAUCAGGAACAUGGUUCCCUCUAAUAUAAUCGAGGCCACGUUUCAGCAGUACAAAACGGACCUGGUUCCCAUCCUCAAAGUCCCGACCAGAACCAUCCAGCCAAACUUCGUGUACGUGGUCCCCCACGAGAGCGGCCCCGAAGGUCGCACGGUGUACCUGGAGCUGACGCCGCCCCCGGAGAUCAUGUACAAGACGAGUCCCGGCAGCAGCCAGCAGAUGAACGUCCUCGGCAUCGUCAUCUUCUCCGCCACCAUGGGCCUGUUGCUGGGCAGAAUGGGAGAGCGAGGAGCUCCACUGGUCAACGUCUGUCAGUGUAUCAACGAGUGCGUAAUGAAGAUCAUCAACGCUGCCGUCUGGUGA